CCGGGGCGCGGGGCCGGGGCGGCGGGGAGGUAUGCGGGGCUCGAUUGUUCAGGCCUGGCCAUGGCGCCUCUCCUCCCCCCCGCCAUGGCUCCCCGUGUCCCUGCUCCUCUCCUCUCAGUGAGCGAAAGUGGCCGCCGCCGCCGUCCCAGCGCCCGCAGCCGCCGCCUCCUCCUCAGCAGCAGCAGCAGCAGCGCGGGCGCCAUCUUGGCGAGGCAGGCGCCGGGAGCGCCCCGCGGUAGGAGACGAGCCGCGCCGGCCCCGGCAACGCGGGGCGAGAGGCCGAGCGGGGGAGCGAGCCCGGGAAACACCCCCCCCCCACCAGCCCCCCGCCGCCGCCUCGCCGAAGCUAGGCCCGCUACCCAGCUGUGUGUUCGGAGGCACCUGUGCAUGAGGAAAAGUUUGUUCUAUGGCCUCAGAGCUGGGUGCCAGGGAGGAUGGCAGCUGCUCAGAGCUGGCAAAACCCCUUUAUCUACAGUAUCUGGAGAAAGCUCUGCAACUGGAUCAGUUUUUACGACAGACGUCUGCCAUCUUUAACAGGAGUAUAUCCAGCGAUGAAAGUGAAGAUGGAUUGGAUGACAAUCCUUUGCUGCCUCAGUCUGGGGAUCCCCUGAUGCAAGUUAAGGAAGAGCCUCCAAACACUUUGCUUGGGGAGUCUUCUGGAGCAGGGAAUUCCGGGAUGCUGAACACACAUUCCCUGAAUGGAGUACUGCAGCCGGAACCAAAGUCUGAAAAAGGGAGCUUGUAUAACUUUUCCAAACUGAAGAAAAGCAGAAAAUGGCUGAAGAGUAUCCUUCUGAGUGAAGACUCCAGUGACACAGAUUCACCAAGUGAUGAGGAUGGAGAGGAGGAAGAGGAAUUUUCUCUUUCAAGGGAGGAACUUCACAAUAUGCUGCGAUUACACAAAUAUAAGAAACUGCAUCAAAGUAAAUAUAGCAAAGACAAAGAGUUGCAGCAAUAUCAGUACUACAGUGCAGGACUGCUGUCUACACAUGAUCCCUACUAUGAACAGCAGCGCCACCUGCUAGGGCCCAAGAAAAAGAAGUUUAAAGAAGAGAAAAAAUUAAAAGGCAAGUUGAAAAAAGUAAAGAAAAAGAGGAGACGGGAUGAAGAACUCUCUUCAGAGGAGUCACCACGACGCCACCAUCACCAGACCAAAGUAUUUGCCAAGUUUUCUCAUGAUACACCACCACCUGGGUCCAAGAAAAAGCAUUUGACUAUUGAGCAACUUAAUGCACGUCGGCGGAAAGUGUGGCUUAGCAUUGUUAAAAAGGAGUUGCCGAAGGCAUACAAACAAAAAGCCUCAGCCCGCAACCUUUUCCUAACCAACAGCAAAAAGCUUGCCCAUCAGUGCAUGAGGGAGGUACGUCGAGCUGCUAUCCAGGCCCAGAAAAAUUGUAAGGAAACUCUACCACGGGCACGUCGUCUUACCAAGGAGAUGCUUCUCUAUUGGAAAAAGUAUGAAAAGGUAGAAAAAGAACAUCGCAAACGAGCUGAGAAAGAGGCUCUGGAGCAACGCAAGCUGGAUGAAGAGAUGAGAGAGGCUAAGAGACAGCAGCGAAAACUUAACUUCCUGAUCACACAAACUGAAUUAUAUGCCCAUUUUAUGAGUCGCAAACGAGAUAUUGGACAUGAUGGAAUACAGGAGGAAAUCCUACGCAAACUGGAAGACAGCUCUACCCAAAGGCAGAUUGAUAUUGGUGGAGGAGUGGUAGUCAACAUCACCCAAGAAGAUUAUGAUAGUAACUAUUACAAGGCCCAAGCUCUGAAGAAUGCUGAGGAUGCUUACCAGAUUCAUCAGGCCAGGACCAGAUCAUUUGAUGAAGAUGCAAAAGAGAGUCGGGCAGCUGCUUUACGGGCUGCUAACAAAUCCGGUACUGGCUUUGGAGAGAGCUACAGUUUAGCAAACCCGUCUAUCAGAGCAGGAGAAGAUAUUCCACAGCCUACCAUUUUCAAUGGAAAACUGAAAGGUUACCAACUGAAAGGCAUGAAUUGGCUGGCCAACCUAUAUGAGCAGGGCAUCAAUGGAAUCCUGGCAGACGAAAUGGGUCUGGGUAAAACUGUACAAAGUAUUGCUCUCCUUGCACAUCUGGCUGAGAGAGAGAACAUCUGGGGACCUUUUUUAAUAAUUUCACCUGCCUCUACUCUUAACAACUGGCAUCAGGAGUUCGCCAGAUUUGUACCUAAAUUUAAGGUCCUACCUUACUGGGGAAAUCCCCACGAUAGAAAGGUGAUCAGGAAGUUCUGGAGUCAGAAGACAUUGUAUACUCAGGAUGCUCCUUUCCACGUGGUGAUUACCAGUUACCAGCUAGUAGUACAGGAUGUGAAGUAUUUCCAGCGAGUGAAGUGGCAAUAUAUGGUACUGGAUGAAGCACAAGCACUCAAGAGUAGCUCCAGUGUUCGUUGGAAGAUCCUACUACAGUUCCAGUGUCGAAACAGAUUGUUGUUGACUGGGACCCCAAUCCAGAACACGAUGGCUGAGCUGUGGGCCCUGCUGCAUUUUAUUAUGCCAACACUGUUUGAUUCCCACGAAGAGUUCAAUGAGUGGUUUUCUAAGGACAUCGAGAGCCAUGCAGAGAACAAAUCUGCCAUUGAUGAGAACCAGCUAUCCCGCUUGCACAUGAUCCUGAAGCCUUUCAUGUUGAGAAGAAUCAAGAAGGAUGUGGAAAAUGAGCUGUCAGAUAAGAUUGAAAUUCUUAUGUACUGCCAGCAGACAAGUCGACAGAAGCUGUUGUACCAAGCUCUGAAAAACAAAAUCUCUAUUGAUGACUUACUGCAGUCCUCAAUGGGCACUACUCAGCAAGCACAGACUACUACUAGUAGUCUCAUGAAUCUAGUCAUGCAAUUCAGGAAGGUGUGCAAUCACCCAGAGCUGUUUGAGCGACAAGAAACUUGGUCUCCAUUUCACAUCUCCCUAAAGCCAUACCAGAUUUCAAAGUUCAUCUACCGUCAUGGACAGAUCAGGGUCUUUAACCACUCACGGGACAGGUGGUUACGGGUUUUACUUUCGCCAUUUGCACCAGACCACAUCCAGCAGUCUCUCUUCCAUAGGAAGGGCAUCAAUGAAGAAAGCUGUUUUUCUUUCCUCCGGUUUACUGAUGUCUCUCCAGCGGAAAUAGCAAACCUCAUGAAUCAGGGACAUUUAGCCAGAUGGUUAGCUCUUUUCCUGUCUCUGAAAGCAUCCUACAGGCUCCAUCACAUGCGGUCCUGGAUGGAGACCAAUGGGGAGAAACAGCCAGGGUCACAUUUUCUGAGGAACAGGGAUUUCUUGCUUGAUGUAAAUUUCCCGCUGUCUUUCCCUAACUUGCACAGCUGCACUUUGCUGCAGAACCUUGUGUUCAGUAGCCACUGUAAAGCAGUUACUGGCUAUUCGGAUCAUGUCAUACAUCGAAGGAGAUCAGCUACCUCAUGUGUACGGUGCUGCCAGGUGACUGAGCUGCCGUCCUUCCUGUGCAUAGCCAGUCCGCGGGUAACAGCUGUGCCACUGGAGUUUUACUGCAAUGACCGAAGUGCAGAAUACGAGCGCAGGGCACUAAAGGAAGGAGGAAGCCUGGAAGCAAAGCAGUGUGUACUCAAUGGAGCCCCUGAGCUAGCAGCUGACUGGCUGAAGCAAAGCUCCCAGUUCUUCCCAGAGUAUCCAGGAGGGCUGUUAGGGAUCAGGCCUCAGAACGGCUGGUCUUUUAUCAGGAUACCAGACAAAGAGAGUCUGAUCACUGACAGUGGGAAACUUCAUGCUCUUGAUCUUCUGUUGACACGGCUGAAAUCUCAAGGUCACAGAGUUCUUAUCUACUCCCAGAUGACGCGGAUGAUUGACUUACUGGAGGAAUACAUGGUUUAUAGGAAACAUACAUACAUGAGAUUGGAUGGUUCUUCAAAGAUUUCUGAACGACGGGACAUGGUAGCAGAUUUUCAGAACAGGAAUGAUAUUUUUGUGUUCCUGUUAAGCACGAGAGCUGGAGGCUUGGGCAUUAACCUUACAGCUGCAGAUACGGUAAUUUUCUAUGACAGUGAUUGGAACCCAACAGUAGACCAGCAAGCCAUGGACCGGGCACACAGGCUGGGUCAAACCAAACAAGUCACUGUGUACCGGUUGAUAUGUAAAGGCACCAUUGAGGAGCGCAUCUUACAAAGGGCUAAGGAGAAGAGUGAGAUCCAACGAAUGGUGAUUUCAGGUGGCAAUUUCAAGCCUGACACCUUGAAGCCAAAAGAGGUGGUCAGCCUUCUGCUGGAUGAUGAGGAACUAGAAAAGAAAUUGCGUCAGCGUCAAGAAGAGAAGCGACAGCAAGAAGAAACAAAUCGUGUGAAGGAACGUAAACGUAAAAGGGAAAAAUAUGCUGAAAAGAAGAAGAAGGAAGAUGAAUUGGAUGGGAAGAGAAAGAAGGAGGGCAUGAACCUUGUGAUCCCAUUUGUUCCCUCAGCUGAUAACUCCAACCUGUCUGCUGAUGGGGAUGACUCCUUCAUUAGUGUGGACUCGGCCAUGCCCAGCCCUUUCAGUGAGAUAUCCAUUAGCAGUGAAUUACAUAUGGGCUCUAUCCCCCCCGAUGAGAGCAGCAGUGAUAUGCUUGUGAUUGUGGAUGAUCCAGCUUCUUCAGCACCUCAGUCAAGGGCAACAAAUUCUCCUGCUUCCAUUACUGGCUCUGUUUCAGAUACCAUGAAUGGUGUUUCAAUGCAAGAUCCACCUCUCAGCGGCAGAGGCCAGUCAGGCCGAAGCCGGGGCCGUCCCAAAGGUUCAGGCGGCGGAUCGAAAGGCGGCGCUGGGAAAGCCAGAAGCCGGAAGUCAAUAGCGGGAAGCGCGGCCGCAAUGGCAGGUGCCAAAGCCGGGGCGGCGGCAGCCUCGGCCGCCGCGUACGCGGCCUACGGGUACAACGUCUCGAAAGGCAUGUCUGCAAGUAGCCCUCUGCAAACAGCAAUUAUUCGGCCCUCUGGACUAGCAGAUUUUGGACCUUCAAGCGCCUCUUCUCCCUUGAGCUCCCCUUUGAGCAAAGGAAACAGUGUUUGUGGGACUCCCAAAAGCUUAAACCUGACCAGCAGUCUCAUAUCGGAAACUCCAAUUCGGAAGCAAAGCAAAGGUGCCCACACCUCAGGUGGUCGGUAGUAAUUUUGAACCCCCAAAGCUUGUCUGAACUGCGUUGGCUUUCAGAGUAGACCACCCUGCCAGUUGAAGGCAUGCAAACAAAUGCCUUGUUACGGUCCAGCGUGUGUGUGAAAAGAAAAUCAAAGCACAAUGGGAGUGGGUGGUUUAUGUGAGCACUUUGAUUAUGUGUAUUCCAAAAAACUAUCUUUGCAGACACUGCGAGAAGGAGGGAAGGGAGUCUGGGGUGACUGGGAGAGCGUCAGCUUGUGUUUUAUUGACGCAUCUGACAGAGGUUCCCCAAAAAAAUCCAGCUACUCCAUGCAAUAUCCUGCAGCUGUGUGUGCUUGAAGUCACACCAAUAUACUUUCUCUCUUGUAGCUUGAGGUGGAACCCAGCGUUUGUUUUAUCCUAUGAAAUCAGUAUCUGAGCCCCAGGAGUAUCCUGUAGAGUCACAAGACAUUUCCGUGCUGGCAGCUGGUCAGUGUACAUGCUGGGGUAGUUGGGGGCUAAGCUGAAGAUGAUGCAUGAUCAAAAACACCCAAUCUUGGCUUCUUCUGGCAUGGGCCUCUGGGUUCUUUAAAGGUUUAAAAUGCAAAAGCAGGUGCCUCAGGUGUUUUCCAGGGAAUGGCCUCUUUUCAGCACCAUUUGUCAGGAAGAGGUUCCGAGCGGCAGGACAGAAUGCUGGCAGGCCUAGUGAGAGCAGCAGCUCUGCUUCUGCUUCAUGCAGGGAAAGAAACCACGAGCCAGUGGUCUGGUUUGGACUUCAGAGUUCUCAUCAGCACGAACACUCGCCAUGUUCAGAAUGAUUUAUCUCCCUUUUGAGGUGUGCAGGACUCUUAGAAGCGUAGAAACAAAGUCAGGCUGCAAUUUGUACAAAUCACAAGAGGAGGGAAAGUUGAAGUGCCGCGGAAGAGUUUGCUGCUGCUCCUCUCACUGUGCCAUAGCAGAGCGCGGUUCUGCAGCUUGCCGUGCUGCGAGGGGAGCAACGAAAAACAGUCCUGAGAGGGAGAGAACUGUGCCAUUCCCCCUUCCAGCCAAAUCCUGGGGAAAAAAAAAAAAAAAAAAAAAAAAAAAAAAAAUCUCGUAUCCCAGCCAUCCGCUGACUGUUCUUCCAGUGUGUUUUCCCUUCACCCUUGUGGUCAUGGCACACCCUCGCUUGGCUGAGCUCACCGCGGCGUGCGGGUGCCGGGACCCCUGUCCCGUGAGGCUGCUCGGGGGCAGCACUGCCGGUGCCCAUCUGUCUUCUCAUGCCCUGGUUGCUCCUUCCCCGUUCUCGAUGCACAAACCCCACCCCCCGUAACCCCUCGCUUUGCCGUGAGCGUUGUCUGCAUUGCACUGAGAUUUAGGUGUGGGGCAGUUCUUCUGUCUGACACGUCGAAUGAAAAGGCUGUUCUGCCGGGGCACUUUCAUCCCUUGAGAGAAGCAAGUUGAGUUGCAGGUCUGGGCUGUGACAGCAGAAGAUGACUUUUUUUUAUUAUUAUAAUUUUUUUCCAACCCCAAAUCCUUUGCCUGGCGUCCUACAGUGUGGAGCGAGUGCUUCCUGUUGGCUCUGCCUCUAAUUUGCACACCUGAAAAUAGCAGAACUGAGCUUAGUUAGAUUGAUUUUUAAACAGAUUUGCAGGGGAUAAUUGAGGGGGAAGUGGUGUUUAAUUAACUCAUGAAGACUUCCCCCUUCCCCUCCUAUUCACAUGUAUAUAUGAUAUUUAGAGGGAAUCAGACAAAUGCCAAGCCUUUUUUUCUCUUUGAAUGUGCUGUCUAUUUUUAUAACUGAACUUGUACAUAUGUAUAAAGAGAGACACAUCUUUCUUUUACUAACUGGAGAAGAAAAUCUUAAAUAAAAUGGAGUGAGAUAAUUUUAUGUAAA